AUGGUGCUCGAUAACUCGCGAGGAGCGUCGCCUCCUACGGAAGACCCAAAAGAACCCAAUGCGGAGAACUUGGAAGACACCGAUACCCCAGGCGUUGAUCUCUUAUCUCUCUCCCGCGCGGUCAAAGCAAGAAAAGAUGAAUACACCUGCCGGCGGACGAUCCGGAUCAAGGUUGGCACAUGGAAUGUGGCCGCAAUCUCCGGCACCGAGCAAGAUAUUGGCAAGUGGUUCGUCCAAGGCCAAGGAGUAUGCGAGAAGUUUUCGGGCUUAAAGGGCUCAGACUUUCAAAAAAAUAUUACGACGGAUGGAUCUAGUGGAUCCUCUGAAGAAACCGAUGAGGAAGCUCAGAAGGAGGGAAAGUCGGCAAAACCCUUCCAAUGCAGCCCGGAGGCGAUCGACCUCUAUGUUCUGGGCUUGCAGGAAAUUGUCGAUAUUUCUUCUCCGACCGAGGCCUUGCGACCCUAUACCGACUCCGGGCCAUCAACCCGAUGGAAAGAUGCUGUCCAGAAAACGCUUCCUCGGCAUAUCAACUCGUUUCCGAGAAAGUAUCUCGUCUGUGCCGUGGCAACCCGUGUGGUACUGGGUGAAACUACCCGUUUAGUCUUUGUGAACGCCCAUUUGGCGGCUGGAUCAGACAAGGGAAGUCUAGAAAGGCGCAACUGGGAUGCAUCUCAAAUUGUUUCACGCACCAAGUUUGAGUCGGCUGAUCCGGAACGUACACAAAAUAACCAAGCCGACCUGAUCGGCGACGAAGACUUCGCUUUCUGGUUCGGUGACUUGAAUUACCGACUUGAUGACAUUUCGGGCGAUGAUGUGCGGCAGUGUCUGGCUCGACACACAGUCAAUGCUUAUGAUACUGCGCGCCAGGAGCAGCAAAAGUCGAGCAGUCGCCGGAGCUCCAAGGUCGAUGCUAAUGCCGAGCCUGAAUCUAACCUGCCAUCGCCUAUGGAAGGAGAUGAAUAUGCUGAACCUGUGAGCGACGAAGAGAUCGAUCCUCACAACGAUCCUGCAUCUCUACAAACAACGAUUUCUUCUCUUAUCGUCCACGAUCAACUACGGAUGCAACAGAAGAAAGGAACUGCCUUCCACAGAGGGUGGAACGAGGGCCAGAUCUCAUUCUUGCCGACAUACAAAUACGAUGUUGGAAGCGUCGCAAUGUUCGAUUCCAGCGAGAAGCGUCGUGGUCCCAGCUGGUGUGAUCGAAUUCUCUACCGAUCCAGACGAGACAUGCUCAAGUAUGAACAACAGUAUCGGGAAACAGAAGAGGCUCGAAAGCGUGACAAAGAAAUGGAGGCUCGUGGCUUGGACAAAGCGGUUGCAGACGACAAUGUCUUGUUUGAAUAUGACCCCGAAACAGAUGGCGCGGACGGUGGAGACGGUUCGGACGGUGCUGCCGAUGUCGAUAACUAUAACUCCGAUGAUGAUGCGGCAACAAACUCCUCUCAGGACCCCAGCAAGGACCCCGUGGAGGACGUUAUUCGUCUGCACCAUUAUAUUUCCCAUCAAGGCAUCCUGUCAUCCGACCACAAGCCUUUGGACGCAAUAUUCACCUUGAACAUCGAUGCGGUCAACCCCAGCCUCAAGGCCAAGGUCCAUCAAGAGGUGGCACGCGAAUUGGAUAAGGCCGAGAACGAAUCCCGACCCGGCCUCACGGUGGUGGUCGAUAUCCAGGCCGGCGAAAAGCGAUCAGAACUAGACUCGAAUACUGUCGAUUUUGGCACUGUGUCCUACGACGUUCCUGUUCACAAGACUUUGACCAUUGCCAAUACCAGCAGUACCUCGGCGACCUUCUCAUUCGCCGAACGGCCUGGCUUCGAAGGAGACCACAAAAACGAAACCCCGUCUUGGCUUGACAUUAAGAUCAAGCUGGAAGAGAUCCUCGUCUUGCGUGUGGACAGUGGUCGGGAUCAUUUCAUCUCUGUAUCCGGACAAUGGCUACCCACAUGCUUUGGAUGCAGUGUUGAUGAGUUAACACGCAUGCCAGAGGCUGGUGCCAGGAGCCUUGCAACAGAUGGAACUAUCCCGCUGUCCAAAAGCGAGCAUGAAGUGCGGUUAUCAGCUCCGCGAGAGCUUUUCCGGUUGACCGAGUCCAUUUCCGAGCUGGCAGAACGUGCAGUAGCAGAAUGGAGUAUGACGAAUGGCGAGUCUGGAGAAGAACCGCCUUGGGUCAAAGAUCCAUCCGGAGCGGCAUGGCCCUUCGAGUCAGAUACAUGGACCCUGAAAGAACAACGCGAGCGAGCACCUCUCCUCGCUUCAGUCCGCGAAGCCCUCGACACCAACAAAUCACUGUCCUCCAUUUUCGCACCGGAGAUUCCAUCCCUGCACCGUCUCGAGAUCCUCUCCGAAACCCUGCUCGUCUUCCUCAAUUCCCUCAGCGACGGCAUUGUCACUGCAUCCGUCUGGCAAGAUGGAGCAGCACAUGCUCGCGCGCGAAAAACAAAAAGCUCCGCCUCGAACAUGGGAAGAGUCCCAAGCCUGGGUCCUCGAAAGUCUAGCGUACUCGCCCGCACACAGUGUCUCCUUCACUUUUCGCAACCAACCUCUUCAUCAAAUCACAAAGAACAACCUGCCGACGUUGACUUCAAAUCGAAGGAAGGGAACACUUCUGAAUCCCAAUCUCAUACCCCAACACCUGCCUCCGCCGCAGCAUUCAUUGUCGCAGGUAGUUUCCGCCGCAAGCGUGCACCGACUGUAAGCGGAUCCGAACCAUCUGGGGGUACCGCAUCUCAGCCCGCAGCGCGCCGCCAAGCUGUCGAGUCUUCGUACGCGUCCAUUUUUGCUCGCGUGCUCAUUUCGGCCUCUGUGCCUGUCCCAACGAAGGAAAAGGAGAGACGGGCAUCUGAUGAACGGAAGAAGAGUAUCAUAGAGCCGUUCUUGAAGAUGGUUGGUGUGGAUGAGCGUGGACCGUCGGGUGGUCGAUAA